UUUAGAUUUAGAUUUUUAUUUUUUAUUACUGUUUUUGAGUUUAUUUUAUUAUUUUAUUUUUAUAUUAUACAUUCUUYAUUCCGAUGGAGACCAAUAAUGACAAAAGACAUUCCACGGGAUCCGAUCAAUCUAUUAGACUUCACAUGACAGCUCCUAGAACAUUUUCAAACCAAUGCCAUAUAUUGAAUAAAGGAGCAAUUGAUUGGUCUGAAAAUGGACUAUUAGCAUAUGGGUCCAAUAAUCUAGUUGUAAUUGUUGAUACAGCUAAAGUCAUUCCAGUCCAAUGCUUUACUGAUCACAAAUCUUUAAUUAAGAAGCUUUUAUGGGUUCCAUUUGAUUCUGUUUCUGGUGCAUCAUCUGAAUUAGUAUCAGCAGACUGUGCAGGAGAUAUUGCAUUAUGGGAUGUAUGCCGAGGUCGAUGCAUCUCAUGGAUUGACUCAGAGCAAGCAAAACCGGUGAAUGGACUUGAGUGGGUACCAUCUUCAUUAAACAAUGAUUUGCUGUUGGGAGUCUUACAUUCUCCUUAUACAUUUUCUCUAUUAGAUGUACGUAAAGGUACUCGGCUAUGGAAAAAAACAUUUAGCGAUACAAUCAACAGUUUUGCUUUUGACCCCUUUCAUUUAAAUAGAAUUGCAUUUUUGUGUCCAGAAUGUAUAUUAUUUUUUGACAAUUUUGAUUGCAAGUCAGCACUUAGUGGUAAUGGGCGUAAAUUUUACAUAUCAAAUACUGCAGCUGGUGAGAAUUCAACUAUAGCUGAAGAAUCUACGCGGCCGAGAACUAGAUUCAAAAGAUUGAUGAAGGGUUUAGUAUUAGGAGAAAGUCAACCUAAAAUGGAUCCUUCAUUGACGGUUUCUGAAUGCAUUCAAUUUACAUACCAUCGUUCACUACGAAAUCAUAUAAUUUUGAUGUAUCAACAUGAUAUAUUGAUUCUUGACCUUUAUAUUAGUAUGACAGUUGGUGUAAUUAGCAUUGAUCGAUCAUUUUCUCCAUUUUGUCAGAUGUAUUCUUGUCGACAACGUGAUAUUAUUUAUUGUUUACAAGAAACUGGAAGUUUGUCAUUGAAAUUAAGACGUAAACCUAUAGCAAAUUAUUUGAUGUCACCCAUGGAUGCUUCUCCUGUAGCUGUUGCUGGCAAUGAAUCCUCUGCUGAUACAUAUUUGUGGUAUGAACAUAGAAUACAAAGUGAAAUAAUCAGGCAGACAAAGAAUUCUAAAGUUCUUGGUCUAGCAGUUUGUCCAAUUACUGAAAAACAUUGUGCUAUACUAUUAAGUAUGGGAAAAGUUAUGUUUUUUGAACUAGAGAAAAUUAUGACAGCAGCCAAUGACAUAUCAUUUUACCUUGGAAGACGUGACUUCCAUAAAAUGACAUUAAGUAACAUUUUUCCAUCGUUCAAUGAUAGUCAAGGCUUAAUACCAAAAGUACGACUAUAUGCUCGAGGAAUGCUUCCUAGUCUUGAAUCCUCAUUAACUGUUAUUAAAUAUUGUCCACCAUUAACAUCAGCCACAAGAGCUAAAUACAAACCCCUUUUAGCUGUUGGCACAAAUUCCGGGAACAUAGGAAUUUUUAAUUUAGCUACAGGAUUAAUACUGAAAGAAUAUCAUGUACAUUCUCAUCCUGUUAGAGGUAUUGAAUGGAUCAGUCAGCGAUAUAUAAUUUCUUGGUCGUUUUAUUCAUAUACAUUAAAUACUAAGAGUCAAGUAAUUGUAACUGAUAUUCAGUGUGGUCAGUCUACACCUGUCCGYAUAAAUAAAGUAGAUGAGCCAUAUGUAGUAUUUGUUAAAGUAUCUCCAUUAAAACAGUAUUUUGUGAUUGGAAUCAAAGAUGGACCAGUUGAAAUUUGGGAUAUAAAAUCAAUGUCAUUGUUAAGUAAAAUGUCAAAAAGAUUUCCACCGGCUGUUUGCAUGGAAUGGGUUCAAUGCAACAUGUCUAAAGGRAAAAAAAAUAGUGUGGCAACUAUAGUUGAAGAGAACGAAAUCGGAUCAAAAUAUCCAGAACAUUUAUUGAUUUCUGACGUAGCCGGUAACCUUUAUGCUUUCUUAAUUGAUUCAAAUAGUUUUUUGAAGCCUGGUACAAUGAUAGAGCCUGGAAUUUUGUUAAAACCUCCUGUAUACCUUACAUGUAAGUUAAACAUUGCACUUCAAGUAGACAGUGAUGGUAAUUUGUUUGUGUGGGACUUAAGUAACCAUAUGGACAAACAAAAACAUCAUAUUAAUCGUUUGGAAGUAAAAAAAAUAAAGUUUGCUCCUGGCGCUGGAAAUUUUAGAUUUUUAUGCUUGUCAUCAGAUGGCAUUGACAUUUUCAAUGUUUUUGGGUCACCUCAAUCAAUCGAAAUAAUUUCCACUAUGAAGACAGAUAAAAAGUUACAAGUUAUCGAUGCUGAUUGGGCUAGUGCUGAACACACUGUAAUCAUGUUUAGUGAUCAUUCUAUUAGAGUAUUUGACCUUAAGCUUACAAAGUCUUACUCUUCAAUAUAUAAUUAUGAAUUUGAUGAUUUACUGGGGGCUCCUACAAUUUUAGACAGAGAUUUAUGUAAGAUGUUUUAUUUUUGGCUUUCAGCUACUUGUAAAAAAGUUUAUAGCACAGAACUUGGUUUUAAUAAUUAUGAAUUAUCUCUUAUUAAAAAUGCCUGUUAUUCUCUACCAUGGACAGAAUUAGAAUCAUGUACAAAAAUAGCUGAACGAUCUUUAGUAGUGAGUCAAUCGCUUGGACUUAAGAAUGAAGUCCAAUUUUGGACAGUGGCUUUUCAUUACAUCAUGAUGGAUGAUGAUUUUGCUACAAGUGUUGUUCCUCCCUUAGAUUCUUGUUACGAUGUUGUAUGUGACUGUGCUACAUAUCGAAAAAUGCAAUUAGAACAAGUCUUGUUACACGAAUGGAAAAGUGGUGACUAUAUGCAUAUGAGGCGUGUUGCUGAUAAAUUUAUAUUACUCGGAGAAAAAACUAGAGCAUUAGACUUGCUUUUAGCAACCAAUGUGAAUGAUCCAAACUAUUAUACUGACGCAUUGAAGGCUUGUUUAAUUGCUACUGUGGAUUCCAAUACUGCUAAUCAGAGUACAAUUAAACUGGUAGCAGCUAAUCUCAUUGCAGAAAAUAAAAUUGAUGAAGGUAUUCAACUGUUAUGUAUGAUUGGCAAAGGAUCUCAAGCUUGUCGCUAUCUUAUAUCAUAUAAUCAAUGGGAACAAGCUGUAUGGUUAGCAAAGUGUUCAUUGUCAAAAGAYGACUUUGAUACAGUCUUAAAAAGUUGGGCCGAUCAUUUACUAUCUAAUAGAAAUCAGGAACAAGCUGUUUUGGUUUUGCUGUCAUUAAAGAGGUUUAAUGAUGUAUUGAAAAUCUUAAUCAAUAGUGACCGUGUUUAUAGAGCUACACUAUUGGUUUUAGCAUGUCAUCAAAACAAAAUUGGUCUUGAUAGUAUUUUAGAAAAAGAAGUAUGUGAAAAACUAAAACGAGAAUUGUACAUUAAUGGAGGUGAUGGUGAUGUCGUGGACAAACUUUUUAAUGAAAAUAACACUUGAGAACAAAAAAACCUACUGUGAUACUUAAUUUUUAUUUAUUGUAAAAUUUUAUCUACAUUUUGCUUUUUACCACAUUAUAUCGGUUGUUUAAAAAUAUAAACAACAAAUACGUAUUCCUUCAACAAUAUAUCGCCAAUUUCCAUAAUCAGACAAUCAGUUUUUAUUUACUGAACAAUAAAUCACAUCUACAUGUUUUUUUUAGAAAUUUUGUAAGAKUAAACAUUAAUUGUAAAUGAUGUGUCAUUACUUAUGAGGUGUGCCUGUAAAUUGUGAUUGUUUUCAGAYAAUUAUUACAUUGUUGCUGAGAAUAUGUAUUUGUUUAAAUAAAAUAACCUUUAAUCAAGAUUAUACAAUUUAUUG